AUGCUCAUCGGGACGUUGCUGCUUCUGUCCCACCAGCAAACUGCCCUCGCCGAGCCCACGGAGUGCCACAAUUCGUUCACGACGUCGCCCGAGGGUGGACAGGACCAGGUCUUCUCCACUCCGUUUGUGUCGCUAGGCUUGGAGGCUCCGCCACAGCCGCUCAUGCCGAAGCACGGCUGGCGGACAGAGCAAGAGCUUGAGGCUGUCAUCCACGCUCUCGCAGAGGACGGCGCAGUCUUGCUCGAGGGCGUGGUCGAUCCGAGCGUCGCGCUGAGCCUUCGCACCCACUUCUACGAUGACCUCAUCCGCCACCCGAACAUGGAGGAGGCGAUCCGUGAGCUCGGUGCGGCUAACAACUCGGAGGCCUUCUACGUGGCGGAGCGGCGGGUUGGGGGCCUGCGCGUGCGCCGCAAUGGCGCACGCGGCCGCUUCGACCUGAAGCCAUUCGACCGGCGCGACGCGGGGGUUCUUGUGCAGUCGCUCGGCCUCGACUCUCUGUUCGAGCCCUUCCUUCUUCCGCCGCCGCUCCGCACGCUCCUCGCUUCCGUUGUGCAGGCGCCAACGGGCUGGCGCGUGAAGAAUGCUGGAGCGCUGACCACCUUUCCGCACGCACACACGGGGCAGUGGCACCGCGAUAUCGGAGACGGCCUCUUCGGGAACGAGAGCCUAGACCUGAGCCUGCCGGACUACUACUUUGCCGCUCUGUGCCCGCUGGACGAGACGACGGUCGAGCAGGGCUCCGAGCUGCUCCUUGGCUCGCACACCGUCCUCGCGGGCGGACUGGGCGAGGCGAUCUCAGCAGGGCGCGUGCGCCGCGUGAUAGCUGCUGCAAAGCCAGGCGACGUCCUCUUCUUCAGCGGCAAGGUCGUGCACCGCGGCAUGCCCAAUCCGACCGAGUCCACGCGCUCGCUGGUGUACACGGUCUAUACUGCAAAGUGGUUCGAGCAGGGCCGUGACGCGUCGCGCGAAAUGUACACCGGCUGA